CCUCCACCGCGCCUCCUCCGAGUCCCGGCGAUCCGUUCUUGCAUCUGUCCCAGGACUCCAGCCACCACUUUAGCUCGCCAUGGAUCCCAACUGCUCCUGCGCCACCGGUGGCUCCUGCACCUGCACCGGCUCCUGCAAAUGCAAAGACUGCAAAUGCACCUCCUGCAAGAAGAGUUGCUGUUCCUGUUGCCCCGUGGGCUGUGCCAAGUGCGCCCAGGGCUGCAUCUGCAAAGGAGCAUCGGACAAGUGCAGCUGCUGUGCCUGAUGUGGGGGAGAGCCUGCUGCCCCGUGUAAAUAGAGCCAUGUGUAUGAACCUGCAUUUUUUUGUAAAACCCUGAUCCGUUUGCUACAUUCCCUCUUUUUUCUGUAAAGCACAUGAAUGAUAAUAAAAGUUUUUUACUUUA